CCCACCACACCCAUCACACCCAUCACCCAUCACCCACCGCAGGUCCAGCGAUACCAGCAUAAUGUACAACGGCAUAGGUCUGUCGACUGCCCGUGGAUCCGGAACAAACGGAUACGUCCAGCGCAAUCUCUCGUCGCUGCGGCCUCGCGAGAAACAGGACUAUCGCCGAGACGACCCCAGCCGUAGCAACCCAGCUCCGUUCAAAAAGCCCAACGAAGACAUCCUGACGCACGACAAAAAGCGAGAGAUCGAAAUCAAGUGCUUGGAGCUCAGGGACACUCUGGAAGAAUCGGGGGUUGACGAAUCGGAGAUCGAGGACAAGGUCGAUGAGCUGCGAAAGGAGCUGCUCCAGAAACUGGGCAACUUCCAGAAGAGCCUGAAGGAGAUCCAGAGCCACGAAGUGCACCACCUCGCGGCUGCAAAAGAAGAAAAGAAUAGGAAUCUUGCCCGUGCCUUUGGCAUCCGAGAGGCGGAGCAUGUUGAAGGCGCCGCCUUUGAUCCCGAGAUCCAGAACGCCAAAAAGCAAGAGCGCAUGCUUGAGCGAGCACGCCGCGAAGAGGAGCGACAGGCACGAUUCGAGGAAGAGCAGCGCAGAAGAGAAAAGGAGCUGCGUCGCAGAGACGCAGACCGAGAGGCCAUGCGACCGUCCCCGCCGCCGCAGCGCUUCGCCCGACGUGGAGGCUCGCCGACCGCCGUCGUCAACUAA